UACAGAUCCGUGCGGAGCGAGGACACGGAGCGUCCCGGAGCCAGGCGUCAGCAUGUUUCCAUCCCUGGGGCAUGACCAUGCAGCUAGGCCUGGCCCUGGUGCUAGGGGUGGCCCUGUGCUUGGGGUGUGGCCAGCCCCUGCUGCAAGCCCCUGAACACCCCUUCUUGGUGCUGUGGAACGUGCCCUCAGCACACUGUAAGGCCCGCUUUGGCGUGCACCUGCCACUAGAGGCCCUGGGCAUUGCAGCCAACCGUGGCCAGCGUUUCCAUGGCCAGAAUGUCACCAUCUUCUACAAGAACCAGCUCGGCUUCUAUCCCUACCUUGGGCCGAGGGGCACAGCUCACAACGGGGGCAUCCCCCAGGCUGUGCCCCUUGACCGCCACCUGGCAUGGGCUGCCUAUCAGAUCCGCCGCAGCCUGCAACCUGGCUUCGCUGGCCUGGCAGUACUGGACUGGGAGGAAUGGUGUCCACUCUGGACUGGGAACUGGGGCCGCCGCCAGGUCUAUCAGACAGCCUCCUGGGCUUGGGCACAGCGGUUAUUCCCCAACCUGGACCCCCAGGAGCAGCUCUACAAGGCCCGUAUUGGCUUUGAACAGGCAGCCCGUGCACUGAUGGAGGACACACUGUGGCUAGGCCGGGCACUGCAGCCCCAUGGGCUCUGGGGCUUCUACCGCUUCCCCGCCUGUGGCAAUGGCUGGCAUGGUACAGCUUCCAAUUACACAGGCCACUGCCAUGCAGCCACCCUUGCCCGCAACACCCAACUGUAUUGGCUCUGGGCCGCCUCCAGCGCCCUCUUCCCCAGCAUAUACCUCCCACCCAGGUUACCACCUGCUCACCACCAGGCAUUUGUCCGAUACCGCCUGGAGGAGGCCUUCCGUGUGGCCCUCGCUGGGCACCCGCAUCCCCUGCCUGUCCUGGCCUAUGCCCGCCUCACACACCGGAGCUCUGGGAGGUUCCUGUCCCAGGAUGAACUUGUGCAGACCAUUGGUGUGAGCGCCGCACUGGGGGCAGCCGGCGUGGUGCUCUGGGGGGACCUGAGCUUCUCCAGUUCUGAGGAGGAGUGCUGGCAUCUCCAUGACUACCUAGUGAGCACCCUGGGCCCUUAUGUGAUCAACGUGACCAGGGCAGCCAUGGCCUGCAGUCACCAGCGGUGCCAUGGCCAUGGCCGAUGUGCUUGGCAAGACCCAGGACAACUGGAAGUCUUUCUGCACCUGGAGCCAGAUGGCAGCCCUGGAGAGUGGGAGUCCUUCAGCUGCCGUUGUUACUGGGGCUGGGCUGGCCCUACCUGCCAGGAGCCCAGGCCUGAGCUUGGGCCUGAAGAAGCAACAUAAAGCCAGGAGUCACCUGCCUCUGACCUUCAUGUUCCUGCUGCCAUCUUUCCAGUCCUGGAGGGAGGACUUUGUCCCACUCUUGUUCUAUUUAGCUUACCGUCACUUCUCCCAUGCACACACCCCACUUCCCAUGGGAUCCCUGGGAAGUGGAAGAGGCCAGAAAAAAACAUACUGUUUUAAAACUAGAGGCCCUCUGACAUCACCUGAUCCCUCCUGACAAGAAAGCAGCCCCAGGAAGAGUCGGUGUUCCAGAAGGUUAAGGUUGCCAGCCCAGGGCUCUGUUCUACACCUCACUGCGUCCAUGGAGAGGUCACAGGAGACCCGUCCAGGGGCAGGUGGGCCCCCCAAGGAGAUCUUGGCUAAGAUCUGUAAGGGCUAAGCUGUCUGCAAUCUGCU